AUGAACUCCUCAAACCACCCCGCAAAGCGUCGCCGGCUCACCACCGCACUCGUCUCCUCGGUCGAAUACCAUGGCGACGACGGCGAAGCUCUCGAGCGGGACCGGUACGCGAAUGAUAUGCGGUUGAAGGGUAGCUUCGAAGACAUCUUUGCGAAGUACUCGCGAGACUUCAGCGGCAUCGGAGACGAGAUUGACCUUGCGACUGGCAAGAUAGUAGUCGACAAUGGCCAUCUCGCGUCCAUGUGCCACGACCGCGAUGUUGGACCCGCCCAGGCUCAGCUAUUCUUGAACUCCUUCGCCGACAAAUUUGCCGGGGGGAGCAUCAAUGCCAUAGAGAUAGACGGUGGCGAGCGGCACUCUCGCUCUACUGGCCAUGGACAUGUCGACAGUAUCGGCCAGGGACACGGCAAUGUCCGUAGUCUCCCUGGACCCAGCAGCGAUGGACCGGACGGUGGUGCUGCCGAAGAGCAAACCGACGCUGGCCACCACACACAGCUUGUUCAGCACACAGCACUGUUACCAAAGCCGCAUAGCGUUCCGCUGCCUUUCGCCAACAAUGCCACAUUGCAAGCACUGAGUCAGUCGAUUACCGCCCAGAUAGCUCAGUUCUUGGGCCAAUGGCAACAGCCACAAGCACCGGUCGUUGACCCGUUGUGGGCUGCGCCUCCUCUCCCUCUACAGCCUCGCCCACCCACGCGCUCCUCUCAACCAACUUGCGACCUAUCUAUUCCAUCCUCGGUGUCGGCAACUAAUGCAGAGGCGGCACCGGCACCCUUUCGAGAUGACCCACAAGCAACACCGAUUUUCCCCUAUGCGCAGCAGUCGGUGUGGGCAUCCUCGCGGCCUAGGAAGAGCUACAAUAUGACAAAUCGACGGGCCAGAUCAGUCUUCAAGCGACAUGCAGAACCAGCAGACCUAGAAGAAGCCUCGGCAUCUGUGUCUGUCAUGCGCGACCCCCUUGAUGAUAGCUGCCCGUUCGAGGACCGUAAUUCGGAUUCUCCCAGCAGCGGUGGCCAAGUUAAAGAACGAAAAAGAACUCAAGUACCUCCCUUCUCCUCUCAAGAGAUAGAUCUGUUGCUCAAGCUGAAGACAGUCGAAAAUCGUCGCUGGGACGACAUUGCAGAGUAUUUUCCGACCAGAAAGAAGUCUCACCUCGUGAGCAAUUACCAUGGUUGGAUAAAGGACCUUGGCGUGGAGGAUUUUGACAACGAGGAAACUCGAUCGGAGCAUAGUGCAUCUCCAAACGUAGACCUUCAUGAUGGGUCGCAUCAAAACAUCGUGUGUGCAACACCUCGCCGUAGCAAACCUUCAACGCACCGAGGUACCUUAAUAAGGGACCGACUAGCGCCUAGUGAAGAGAACAAUGAAGAUGACGGUGUCGACAAUCAGUGCGUCGCUGCCCAGGAUAGUGAACUUCGAAGCAUUCGCGAGAUACCGGACUCGCAAGAUGGUGUUGAGCAAUCUACACCGGUAGCAAGUUCACAAUCGAACAAAUGCAGUCUUGAACCUACAACCGCGAAAAGCGGUUGCUUCGUAGCCCGGUCACCUACGCUGGUAAGCGUGCAGAUACCGAGCCGAAGGGAUCAGCAGGCUCGAGAAGCCACUCAACGCGUGGUGCCAAGUGGGGACGACGGUACUAGCGACGCGCAGUUUAGCAGACUUCACUCGACUGUUGAUGAGUUGUUCGAGAGCACACCAGCUCGCGUCGGACCGCGACAUGGACACGCGCAGAACGUGCAAAAAGCGAGUGAAGAGCAUUCUGCAGGUACCCAAUGUCAGAACAGCACAAAAAAUAAUUUUACAGGAGCAUCGUCUCCUGCGCCUAAGCCGUCAAAGCAAACAUCGAAGCCACAUCCAGCAAUCCGACCAUAUGCCGCUCACCAACACUCUAGAACAUACCACCGGUCCAACGAGCCAGACGAUCUGGUUUUAGCUAGGGCAUCAGAGUAUCUUUCCCCAGCUCCCACUGUCGCUAAGCCAUUUCCGCUGCUGAAGGCACUAUCCCCCCGCCGGAACGCCAAUGGUGCGGCAUCUGUGGAAGCUAGCCAACCGUCAUCGUCGCCGAGGGCGGUUUCCGCUAGCAAGCUGACUCCGAGAGCCUCACGCAGAGGUUUGUACCGGGUAAGGUCCACCGCCACCGCUCAUCCUGCCAGCACACCUCGUCGCCACCAUUCUGGCCGGCGCCCGCACGUAUCCACUCCUAAAACGGCACCUACCAUUAAAGCUAUACCAGCAACGCCGGUCGCGAGCGGUCUCUUACGCAAGCGGCUAGCGGAGCGAAUGGAUGACCUGGAAGACCUACCGCCAUCUGCGAAGAAAGCGAGGCCCGCCAAGUUGCUCCGGACGCCCAAGAAGUUGAUUGACCUGGUUUGGGAUGCGAAUAGUGAGGAUGAGCUCGGAUUAUAG